GGCGCGCGCGCCACCCUCCUUGCCACCUCCAGUCAAGGCAGCCAACAUGGCUGCUGCUCGCAUACCCGAUGGUUCCUUGUGAUCGUGUCCAAAAAAACGAAAUGCUCAGAUGGAUGUUGGACCGUUGUUGAAGUUGGACGAGCAAAAUUGAGUACAAAACCCACAGUGAGAUGCAAGGCGACGACAAAAGAAGCGACCUGUUUCUUGGCCAAGGGAACUCUGGGACCUGGGAUACGCGGCCAGGCUCGGAGUCCCGGGAGGCUGGGAAUGUGUCGGCGGCAUGGACGUCCGGCACAGCCUUGGGGCAGACUUCCUGCCGGAACCCCUGCGAGAGGGGCAUGGGUGGGGACGACAUGGUAUGGAGUGGGGAUGAAGCAUCUGUGAUACACCGCUCAAGCAGCCUGGGGGGCCAGUGUGCUUCCACAGGGUCCAGCAAUAGUCAGCCGGUCCCUCGACACAAUAGGGGCACCUCGGCAGCCAACUCCUCAAACUCCUGGGCUGUCCACCGCCAGGGAAACCCUGGAAAACCUGGACUUGUCAGGGAAAUUGGCAGUUCCGGAAAACCCUCCAACGACAGCACCUCCGAAGGUGCAGACCAGUUACUGGGCGCCGUUGGUGGAUCUGAGGAGACUGCGUCACAACCCUCGUCGCAGCCGCCACAAUCGUCUCGCAACUGUCGGCCUCCUCGCCUGGGCCUGCUAGGCGGAGGCGAAACCUCGCUCAACAAUGGCUCUGCGGCCCCGGCCACGGGCUGGGGCGCUCCGCCAACUGGUCCCCAGGGGGGAUGGGGCUCGGGGUCGGCCCAGUGGGGCGCUGCCGCCAACACGCGCGGUGGCCCCGAGUACGCAGCCAGUGGGCCGAAUCCCGGUGCAGACGCCGGCGGAGCAAGUUCCCCGACCAAACCAACGCCGGCGGCAACGGCAGGCAGCUGGGGACAGGGUGCCGCCACAGCCGUCACCAAGGCCACCGAAGCAUCAGACUCCAAGAGCUCCGCAGUGGCCCCGCGCAACGUAUUGGAGGAGCCCGUGUCAGAACUGAGAAGAAUGGCGGCUUUCAGCGAGGGUUGGGGCCAGUCGCCUGUCAACCAAGAGUCGCCCUGGGAUGUCCCCAUGUCGCCAGGGACCAAAGAGCCACCCACGGGGCCCCCCUGGAGGGCCACCGUCAACAAUGGCACCGAGAUCUGGGAGAGCAAUUUGCGCAGCGCAAGGGCUGGCGGCAGCAAGCAGCCCAACCCACCUCAGGCAGCACAGGGUUCGAACCAGUGCUCUCAGCAGCAGCCCUGGGGCAGCCACACCCCGACGAGCCACAUCGGGGGAACCUGGGGCGAGGAGGACGAGCCCCCGCCCUCAAACAUGUGGACGGGUGUGCCGACUCCCUCUCAGCAGGGCGGCCCCCGUCCGCAGCCCGAGGGCCCGCCAGCAUGGGGCGGCGACCACCACCGCGGAGGAGGCGGUGGCGACAAGCACUGGGGCGGCCCCGGCGGAGGCCCACCCCCGGGAUCCAACUGGGGUGGCCCGCCGGACGAGCGCGAUCAGCAGGGCCGCCUCUGGGGCGGCGGAGGAGGCCGGCCCCCGCAUGGCGGCAUGGACGACGGCCCCGGCUGUUCGGCGUGGGGGGGCGGGCCCAAAGGAGGGGCCGGGCCCCCUUCCAACGUGGGCACCUGGUCCCCCGUCGGGGGACCCAACGGCAAGCGAGAGUCGUCCGGCUGGGAGGAGCCUUCGCCCCCACCGUCGCGUAGGCCCGUGUCGAACUAUGAUGAUGGCACUUCGGUCUGGGGCAACCCUACGCGACAGGGCAAGGUGGGUUCUGCGGUGUCGCACUGGAAGGACAUGCCUUCUGUCAAGUCCAUCAGCGGUGGAGGCGGUGCUCCGCCGGGCAUGCUCCGGAUGCCGAAAGAUGGAGUCUGGGGUGGUGGCGGAGGCAACAAGGGCCCCCGUGGGGGCGGCGGUGCCAACUGGGGCGAUCCCGGCUGGGACGAGCAGCAGCAGCACAAGGGUAGCUGGGGUGGCGCACCCCCUCCCGACCAGGCCUACUGGUCCACCAAGCCCAAGGGGCCGCCCUCGUGGGCCGACGGUCAAAUCGACACCUCCACCUGGGGUGGACCUUCGAAACAGGGUGGCAAGCCUCUCACAAAGGACCUCAUUUACGCCAGCAAGCAGUUCCGCAUCCUCACCGACAUGGGAUUCAAGAAGGAGGACGUGGAGAACGCACUGCGCAUGAACCAGAUGAACCUCGAGGACACCAUGAGCACCCUCCUUGCGGUGUAUCUGCCGAUAUCAGAAGGCCAUAGGUUAGCAGUGGAGUUGAGGGCCAUGGCCACCAGGGGAAAUGGCAACCAGGACCCAGGCCUCCUGGACGGCUCGGACUGCGGCUUCGCAGUCCGUCCCAAGAUGCGCCCCGACGAAGAUCCCCACGGCCCGCUGGGGGAGGCGCCUUUUGCGGGAUUCCAUGCUCCCAGCGGCUUCCAGGGGCUGCCCGUGUUCGGUGCUGGUUAUGGUGGCGGACAGGGCUUCAAGCCCCCACAGGUGAAGGGCUCCAACCCGGGGUCCAGUGCUCCAGCUAGUCUACUUAACAGCACGGGGAUGGGCGGGCAGAACUCUAGUCUGACGGUAGCAAACAGUAUUAGCAGCCUCAGCCCAGCCCUCGUGCAAAAGAUCCUCCAGCAGCAGCAACAGCAGCAACACUUCCCGGGUGGUGGUCCAGCAGGUGGUCCAGCAGGCAUCGGCGCUCGCCUGGGCCAGCCAAACGUGCCGUCUGCAACACAGCUGCGUCUUCUGGUGCAACAGAUACAGAUGGCGGUGCAAGCUGGACACCUCAACCCGCAGAUUCUGAACCAGCCGCUGGCUCCCCAGACCCUGCAGCUGCUGUACCAGCUGCUGCAGCAAAUCAAGGUUCUGCACGCACUUCAGCAACAGCAGCAGAUCGUGCACAAGGGGCCAUCCUCCAACCCGCUGCAGGUCAACGUGCAGUUGACGCAGACCAAGCAGCGCAUCCUCAACCUCCAGAACCAGAUCGCUGCCCAGCAGGCACUGUUCCUGAAGCAGCAGAUGCCUCCGCCUCCACAGCCCCCGCAACAGGUCCCACCUCAUGUUCCGCCGCCACCCACCGGACUGGGCGGCCCGCCAACGCCGCAGGACUUCCUUGGAGCCGGCAAGCCCGGCGGGGCUGAGGGCCUGCACUCCGACUUCCGUGACCUGACCCUCAAGGACGCUGUGUCGCAGCACCAGCAGCAGCAACAGCAGCAACAGCAGCAGCAGUCCCGCCUAAACCAGUGGAAGCUGCCGUCAAGCCUCGACGACGAGAACAAAGCCCCCCAGCAGAACGGCGGUGGCGGCGGCGACUUCAGCCGUGCCCCGGGUCCCGCUUCCAAGCCCGGCAGCCUCUCGUCCUUCCUCGGUGCCUCCGACGGGCCGUGGUCCACGGGGGCCUGCUCCCAGGACGGGUGGCCCGACGCGCCGCCCACCACCAGCUGUGCAGGUGGCACCUCCUCUCCCAACGAGGGCAAGGACUCCGGCAGUGUCGGCGGCUACAGCCUGAGUGAUCUCGUGGCAGAGUUCGAGCCCGGCAAGCCCUGGAAGGGUGCGUCCGCCCUCAAGAGCGCGGAGGACGACCCGCACCUGACUCCCGGCAGCGUGGUGCGCUCGCCCCUGUCGGUGAACACCAUCAAGGACUCUGAGCUCUUUGGCGGCUGGAAGCAGAGCCCACCGGGAGGGGAGGGUUCGCUGGUCGCCUCUCUGGCCUCACUCACCUCCAGCACCUGGGCAUUCACUCCUGCCAUGCAUGGGAGCGGAAACGGAAGUGGUGCCUCGUCCAAGAGCAACGCCUCCAAGAGCAGCUGGGGUGGGGAGCACGUGACGCCCAACACUGAUCCCUGGAACGCCGCGCCCAAGACCCGCGGCCCGCCGCCGGGCCUCUCGUCAGGCUGGGAGCCGCCGCAGCAGAAGCAGUCCUCCUCGGGCAACAACAACUUCCUGGUGCUCAAGAACCUGACGCCGCAGAUCGACGGCUCGACGCUCAAGACGCUGUGCAUGCAGCACGGGCCCCUGCAGCUCUUCCACCUGUUCCUCAAGCAUGGCCUGGCCCUGGCACAGUACUCGACGUGCGAGGAGGCCUCCAAGGCCCAGUCGGCGCUGCACAACUGCGUCCUCUCCAACACCACCAUGGUGGCCUACAUCCCCAAUGAGGUGGAGGUGGCCCAGUUCCUGCAGCAGCUCGGCAACGGCCUCGGGCAGCACCCCUCGUCCCAGCAGCAGCAACAGCAGCAGCAGCAGCACCAUCUAGCCUGGGGUGCCCCUACCAAUGCCUACCACCCGCCGCGCCCCGUUCAGUUCGCGCCAAGCCGCCCUGCCAAGCAGACUGCGGAGCCGUGGAAUACGGCCGCCCCGCCCUCGGUGUCCUCUGCCGCCGUCUCGUCGUCCAACGCCAGCCACCUGUGGUCCUUCCCGGGUGCCGGUGGUGGCCUGUGGGCGGCACCCCAGACGAGCCAGGCCGGCGGAAGCGGCGGCUCCAACCAGAUCGACCACGACCACGGCGGAGGACCCCAGUCGUCGCUCAACAAUUUCCUGCCUGGUGAUCUGCUCAAUGGCGAGUCCAUGUGAGUGACGACCCCCCCCUUCCUCGCGGCAGCAAAAAAAAAAAUACAAACAAACCCGGAACUACUACUACUACAACUACGGUGGCAAUGACGAAGGAGGAGCAGCGCGCGUGAGCCGGUGCCUUGCCGGCCCCUUUUGUGAUAACCGCUUCUUCGUGGGGGUUGGGGGGUCACCGGGCCAUGCGGAGCCCCGGGCACCCCCACCCCUGUAAGCAAGCAGUGGGACCUGCUGCCCGGGUCUCUCUUCUGUGUGUGUGUGUGCGUUUAUCGGUCUAGCGUCGUGUGCAUGUCCUUUCGCCCCCACCAUUUUCUCUCCGGCACACACACACACACACAAACUCCUGACCCCCCUUCCUCUGCUGCCGCCGCUGCGCGCCCCCUAAGAAUGCCAAAAUGACGACACAGACCGGCCUUUAUCGUAGUUUUUUUUUCUCCACGUCUCGUUUCGUCGCGUGUAAGUGUGUGUGUGCGCGUGUGUGAUUUGUGUUAUGCUUGCCUGUCUUGUCGCGAGUGGGGAAAGUCAAUCAAGAUGAAGAAGAAAUAGUAUAUACACACACACAUAAGAUAUAUAUAUAUAUAUUGAUAUUACGCAUAUAUAUUAUAUAUAUAUAUAUUGACCACCUUUUACACGUGACUAAGAAUGUAAGAAAAAAAAAACUGGGAAAAAAAAUCCAAAAAAAAAAAAGAUGGAGGUAACUACGAGAGAACACUUGCUCUUCUGCACAACGUGUCUAUUCAGUUUUUAUUACCGUCGACGAAGUUUCUGUCUUCUGGCAUGCACAAAGCGGGGGGAGGGGUGUCUGUCAGCGGCGUGCGACGACUGCCAAAGUGUGAUACAUUCAUGGACAGAAUUUGUUUUAUUUGUGAAACAUCGUUUUUAUUAUCUGUGUUGCAGUAGUAGUCACCAUUCCCCACUGCUGCUAAUGUGUUUCUUUUUGUUUUUCGCGGGUCGCUUGUUUUGAUUGUUUUGUUUAUUUUUUUUUUUUGCCCCGCCCCCCCAAUCGCUCGACGCCCACGUUGCCGAAUCAACGACUUCCGCCGCGGCACGUCGGCCGUCACUGCGGGGGCGUCGGCGAACAAGACGCGACCUCCGUUCACGAAGACGAUCUCCGUACUGUGUCCGGCCACCGGAAUGACCGUGACUCGAACAGCGGUGCUGCAAUUUUUUUUUUUCUUCGUCGCCUGGCCCUCGUUAUGCUAGGCGGGAGAAGUCCGGACCAGGUGGGGCUUGCCUCGGUUGAAAACCAAAACCAAAAAAAAAAGCGUAUAUAUAACCACAAAGAUAUGAAGUGCCAGAUUUAUUGCCGUAAUUCCUCGUUGGGGACAAGGUUUUACUUCGAAGAAGCAGGCGACGUGUAAAAGAAGCCUUAGAAAGAAAGAAAAAAAAAAACUAGCACUCUAGCUGCCUCGGCUACCGGGCUCUCGGAAGAUGUGUUGUUCUUUCGUCUCAAGGUGUGUGUGCAAGUUCUCGCCCAGUGUUGGGGAGUUUUUUUUUUUUCUUUCUAUUCUGGGGCUGGCAUGUGCCGAACCUAAUCAGCCAUCCUAAUACCAGGCCUCCUUUCUUCCCAAACUUGCUCUCCGUGAGUUUGCCUGAUUUCUCAUCUCUAGUUCGACACGGAGUGAACUUUUGGCAUGACGGCGGCGGCGGGGGCAACAAAUGCGUGCACACCGCACCAACAUAUCGAUCGUGCCGGGCACAAACACCCUAUUUCACCCAGUCAUGCACGACCUUUGCAAUAACUCAGGGGUCGGCGCUGUCAAUAGCAAAGUGUUGUUCCUCUCAUGUAAUAUCCCGUCCUCGCGCUUCUCUCUUCGCGUGCAUCAAUCGUUGCUGUUUUUCAAGGGGGUGUUCAUCUCCGCAUAGUCUUAUCGUUUUCCUUCGGUUCGUCGCCGUAAUUCUCGUGCAACUUGCGGUGUGCCGCCGCCGCUGCCUUCCCUGCCGGCGAGCUCCUUCCGUUCGUAUGGAGACGAAGUCCCGAAGGGUCUUCACAUAUCCUCGCUCUCGGCAGCAGCCACCAUUGCAACACGUUCCCUUCGGUCGACGACGUUCUCUCUGAUCGCGAGAGCGUCCUUUGUUUUUUUUCCUUCUCCGUUUUUUAUCCUCCAUCAAAGGUCGCCCUCCGUAAUACGGAAACGUGCACAUGUCGGCUCCAUUACUCCGCUCGCCGAGGGUCGCCUUCCCUUCUCGUGACGCAUCGGUAGCUCAAGCCUCCUCCCCCACCCGCUCCCUUCCAUCGGGGGGGGGGGGAUGCCGGGGAACGGAGGAGGGGGCGCCACUGGUAUAGACUCGCAAAAAAUGAUGCCGGGGGCUCCCAACUCGUGUAACACCUCCUCCUGCCCCCCUCGCAGCCCCCCCGCACCCCUCUGUGUCCCGCAAUUCCCACAAAGUGCUUCAGGGUGUGCGGAGUCUUGGGGGUGUCGGGGUGGAGGGGGUUGGGGUGAAGAGUGCAAGAAACACACACACAAGGCCCAACAUCUCUCUCUAUAUAUACAUAAAUACAUAUAUAUUAUAUAUAUACUAGCGCAAUGCCUCUUCUCAGGCACACUGGUGUGGCAAUCUAUGCAUCUUGUGCGCAAAUGUGCAAUACAACUCCCGACCUGGUCUCUGUGUUAAUUUUCCUUCUCCCCUUGUUGUCGGGACCGGCAAAACUUAAAAACACACAGCCGAAGGUAGACGUGAAAAGAAAAUGCAUUGAAGUUUACAGCACAAUCCCAGCACUCAUGUUUUUUGUUUUUUUCUUUCCCUUUCACUCUGCGUUUAAGCAUUUUGCGCGUUGUCGAAGUCCUCUCUGUUUUUCUUCAUUUGAAACGCCGGCUAGGCCUAGUUUGUCAUAGACUCUCUACUUUCCUGUCUAAUCUCUGCGUGCUCGGGCUCUCGCGGCUUUGCCAUGUCACUUUCUUGUGUUCCCAGAGUCCGUUGAGAAGAUUGCAAAGCAGCAGCUUUUUGUCACAGGCAAAGGACAACUGGUAACCUUUUUCCUGUCCCCCGCCAUUUCCGUCGGUGCUUUCAGUUCUUUUUUCGGGUCACAGUGGCUGUGUGUGAGCCUUUUUCCAUCUGACUUGGGCAGCUCUUGGAGCCAGGGGACCGUUCUGGCAUUUCUCAAUCUUUUUCAUUGUGUGUGUACUUAAAAAGUGACGAUUGCUUGUAACAUAUAAAUUGCGGUGGCCAGCUAAUGUGGUUACUUUGGCGUUUCUUAUCUUACUCCUGAUCUUGCAUGCACUUUUUUGUCUCUUGUAAAAUUUGUUCUUUUCCGACGUUUCUUAAAAAAACGUCCCCAGAAGCCAGCGAUCAAAAAGGUUGACUUCUUGUUUUCGUUGUAACUCUUCUCCGUUCGUCCCAUCUCUGUAAAAGGUGGCAGCUGGGAGCUUUGUCACGCCUGCCUCGUUCUGCCCUAUGCACGGCCGCUCCUUGUUCCUUUCGCCACGAGUAUUUUAUUUCCCGAAACGAGUCACUCGAGCUUUCUUGUUAGUCUUUCUGAAGUGCACGUCGCAUUUUUUUUUUUUCUUUUAAGAAUUUUUUUAAGUCUUGCUUCUCGACGCUAACACAAGUCGCCUCAAUGCGUGCAUGCGCAGCACGUUCUGAUGCAGUUUAAAAAAAAAAAAAAAACGAAGUGUGAGGGGACGGUUGGUGUAGUUUGGCAACGUAGCCUGGGGCCAAAGUAUAGACGAAGCCUGGGGAGAUGAGGGCGCAUAACCUCCUCUUGUAGCCCUUGUUCGUCCCUCCAUUACAAAAAAAAAGAAUGUUCGGCUCUCUCUCCCCCUAGCUUUCGUUCUUUGUACAGAUUGUCGGUUUGUGCGUGUUACGUGUACGUAUGUGUGUUGUCGUGCGCGUGUGUAUUAUAUCUAUGUAAGCUACGCUUUUUAGUGAGAUUUGGGGGGGCGCUUGCCCCGCCUUCCCGUUUCCUCCCCUCCAUGGUUUCGGGGAGCGGGGGCGGCAAGCGCAACCCAGCACUACUGUUGAGAAGAAAAAGAAAAAAGGAAAAAAAAACAAAAAAAAAGAAACCCAAGCCUGUUGUCGCGCUUUUUUCUCUGCAGGGUGAGACUUGCGGGAAUGGGUGCCAGAGAGUUGCCAUGUGCAUUUUUUUCCGGGGGCCACACUGCGCGCGGAGGUGUCUGUUUGUCCCCCGUCCUGAGAGCUUUUUGUAGAAAAAAUGCAAUGUCUUAAGGAAACAAAAAGUGAAAAAAAAGCCAUGCCUUGACAAACAAGGUGUGGAACCAAAAAAAAGAAAGAGAAAUGACAUAUAUAUAUAUAUAUAUCUAUAUAUAUUAUAUGGAGUACUGACAUGUGCACUCGCGUCGUGCAAGUUCACUCGUUUUUUUUUUUUUUUUUUUUUCUUUUUUGUCUCCCCGGAUGGUCUGCGUCAGAGUUUAAUCUUAACCGUAGCAGACCGGUCGCUUUUCCAGAGCCAAGUGCAUUAGUGAUGGAAUCUCUCUCGCGUCGUCGUGUUGUGCACGGGUGCUUUUCGGGGUGUGUUCUUUUUUUUCCUCGGACGGUGGCGGAGGCUAACGCGCUCGUGCCGCCUCAUUUCGUUUGGGCGUGCACGUUGACAGGUGUCGAGUCUCUUGUGCGGGCAGCGGAAGAAUACCUUAAAGAGAAGCACGUAAUACUCUAGUUGUAAAGAAAAAAAAGGAAUAGAGGCCACUGGCUGCGCGGUAUCUGCUCAAAGGGGAGAAGAAGACUUGGCGGGCAACUCGGGUAGGAGAGGAUUGUCGUUUCCCCCCUUUUCUCGCCCGAAACCAGCCUCGCCACCGCCGCCUCCGCAAUAGCCGCCGAGGGGAAUCAUUCUCGCUCGGGACGCGGAGGGGGGGACGAUUAGUCAUUUCCGCCUAGCGAGCAGUCAAAGUACGGGGGGGGGAGGCUUGCCUCGCUCUCGCCACGACAAAGAUGUUUCCGGGUUCUUUGCAAGCCCUUUCUCAGUUGUGUACAAAGUUGUCUCGGUGUGCGAAGGGGGUGUGCACCGUUGCGGCAGCUAGCGUCGAUUCCAAGGCAAAGGCGCGUUGCGUGCUGGCAUUUUGUUGGAACGUCGUGGGUGGGAGGCGUGCAUUUGCAGAUGCGAGCGAGGGGGGGGGGGGGGGGUCUGGUCGGGGCAAGGCAGCAGCGUUGGGCAAGGAUGGUUGUUUUCCAAACUGGUCUCAGCGGCGGCCGUCUAGGAGCGGUUUGCGCUCACCUCGCAAGUACAGCGAAAUGAGAUUAUGCGGGUGGGUUUUGGGAUGUGAGGUCUAUCAGGUUGGUGCUUGUUUGCCUCCCCAUGUGCUGGCUUGUGGGGGGUGUGCAUGUCUGUGUAGCGUGCUUGUAAAUAGUUAGGGGCGUCCACUUCCUACACUACUUUGUUGUUUGGGGAAAUCUCCUCCAUGCCAAAGCUUGGUGCUUCCCACGCCGGGACGCUCUGAAUUGCAUUCCAUUUUCUAGCCACGCACAGGUCGGGGUGUUCCUCUAAGAGGGGCUGUUUGGUGAGACCGCGGGGAAGAGUUGGUUUGGGGAAUGCUGUGCAAAUGGGGGAGUGCUGCGACAGGGUUUGGCACGCUUGCGCGCCUGUGGGUGUGUGUCUGUUGCGGCGGCGGUGGCAUGAUUGUUGACGCAACUGUUGCACGUUCACUCUGAAAGGAAGGUUUCAGUGGGAGGCCAGACGACAAGAGGUGCUUGCCGACUUAGAACAGAGCUGUGGGGAAUUCAUUGCGCGCAUGCAAUCCGGCGCGUCGGGUCUCCCCAGAUGCAAAGAUCGAAUUUGAGUUGCCGAAACGGCGCGAGGACGACAAAUUGUUUUUUCUGUGCCUUAAAUGACGAAACAAAAAAAGGAGGGGGGGGGUGAAAACCAGUCUUCUGCUGCCAAGGAUUGGCCUUCAGGUUCUUCACCCUUCCACCCGCGCUUGCCUGGAGGAAAGUGAGUGUAUGACAGGUUUGACCGUCAACAACGGUUUCAUUCGUACAUGGUUCCGAUGGUGACACGUUGCUGCCUCCAGUGCCUCCCUGCACGGGUCGAGGUAUUCUCUCUGUUUUAGGUUGAUCCAUUAACUGCCGACCUUCGUUGCACCCCUUUUUCUCGUGGUUGAGACGCCGCAGCUUCCUGGCACAGUUUUUAAAAAACUACCGGCACUCGUAGCCACGUUUGGGGGCCUGGGAAAAAGGAAAUCAGGAAAUCAGGGGGGGGGGUGCACACUCAAUGUGAUCUUUCAGUCUCUUGUGCCACUCAGCUUUUUGCGUGUGCGUGUGUGGUGUAUGCAUGUGGUGCAUGCAUGUCAUGCUAGUUCCCCCAAAUUUCAAGAAGAUUCUCGUCACAGCUAGCUUUAUGUAUAAUCCAAAUUUGUAUUCUUAUUUCGCGUUUUUAUCACAGUUAUUUCUGCCGCAGGGGUAUUUCCCGCACCUAGUGCCAUCCUAAAGAGAUCCCUUUUGUUUUAAUGUGUGUAGCUUCGAGUGAGAAAGAAAAAAAAAGAUACGAGCGAUGAGAAAAGCUCGUAUCGUGACAUUUUCUGUGGCCGCGGAGGGCUGUCCAGUUGUUCGCUUCUGGCCCCAGUUGUGCACGUGGAGUUCAGGGCAAAUCGCGCCCUCAAACUUAACCUGCGGCUUCACUUCCAAGAUUUUCUUUUUAUGUCUCACUCGUAUGGUGCUGGUAAGAUAACUCACAGAACAAACAGAACAAUGUAUGUGUAUAGCUUUAAGAAUAAAAAAAAAUACCAGUACACAAGUGUCUGCAAUCAUGUGAUUGUAAAAUGGAUGCAGUUCCACCUGUAAGGUUGCUUGGAAGCUCACGUUUUUCUUUGUCAAACUGCUACCCCGCGUCUCCUCACCCCGCCCUUGCAGCUCAUCGAGCCUGUGAUUGGUGCAUGGGGGGAGGUGGGCGGAGUCAUAUCUAGACCUCCUGUACGGACAUUUCUGGUCGAUUUGCCGCCAUGCAUGGUACUACUGCCAAGCCCAUUAGUCAUUCAGUGUCGUAGUAAAACGUCUCGGCCGCUCAGCGGACCGGUCGUUGUUGUUGCUCGAAUUGUUGAACGUGUGUGUAUCAGACAGGAGGGCUCUUCGAGCCGGGAGGGCACAAUCACGACUUUGGCCAAGGCGGGUUUUAGUUUCCUCUGACGGGCUUUCGCGAACGUGGAACAAUUAGUUUCGUAGCAGCCGACCCAGCGAGGGCGACUGCCACGUUUCGGUGACGCAAGCAUUUAUCAUUCAAAGCCGAAGGUACUCAAACGUUUUGUAGCUUGUGGCAGGGUUGUUGUGUGCGUCUGGUCGUCACACGUCGUUCGAUUUUUUUUUUUUUUCAUCUUUUUUGGUUCUUCCUCCUCGCGAAGUUCGUUCGCCGGCAAUCGACGUAGCAAAUAUUUAGGCAUUGUGAAAAAAAAUGUGUGAUGAUGGUGGUGGUUUUGCCCGAAGCGCGUCGUCUUUCUUCCUCUGCAAGCCAAAAAAAAUUUGUAAAAAAAAUCUCAAGACUACCUCCUCCUCGCCUGGGAGAAGUUGUUAGUUCUGCCGCCGCCAUGCGCGUCUUUUGCCGAUGUACACAAACCGUAUACCUGAUAAAUAAUCAUUGUAUCGUUCCUGUCGUUCGCCGAUCAUCCCCCUGCCCACCGACACGCGAAAGCCACCAUCCGGUGCCGGUUGGAGUCGUGCGUUUGUUGGGGGAGUGUUGAGGCACGGGACAGGUUCAAGCAAAGCUCACUUUCAUUUGUGGCCUGAAUCUUGCAAAAAAAUAAUAAAAUAAUAGACUAUUUAAUGUUAUCUCCCACGCUGUGUGUUGGUUGUUCCCCCUUUCCCCUGCUCACGAUCUUCUAGGGUAAGGGGCUAAAAAAAAAGGACAUCUUGUAGGGAUUCGUCCGUUAGCUUCUUCCAAGUGUGUUCAGCAGUGUCGUUUUAUGUGCCGAUUUUUUAGUUGCUCUGUGGUGUAGUAGGAAAUCGUUACCAGGGUUUGGGGGUGGGUGGGGGUAUACUGUGCCACGGUAGAUCCUGGUCCUUGCAAACUUGUCGUUAAGUCAAUGCGGCGUGCAUUUGUUUUCACGUUUGUAACGACCUCUCGUGGACACAUCAUAACUGUACCUGCUGGGGGCGAGAGAACCUAUAAAAAGACUGAGAACAGGCUUGGCAACCUCUAUUUAAAAAAAAAAAAAAAACUUAACUAGGUCAACAUUUGAUGGCGGUGUUCUUUGUUCUCAUUGCUUUCAAAGAGGGUCAGUCUGUCGCCAUCGAUUCCACACAAACGUGGCAUGCCCGUUCGAUGCUUCUUUUUUUUUUUUUUCCACGCCUGUGUGGCAUGGCCAUGUUUUUACAGCGCGGUGGCGCAGGGUGACCAACACUUUUAAAAUCUGUUUUAACCCCACAAUGCAUGAAGAAAAAGCACACCUUCUUCCAAAAAUGUGCACUGUUUUAAUCACCAACCUGUAGUUGUGGGACGCCUCUGGUCUUUCUUGAAGCGGGCAGCCAUUGUUGGCGAGCACCUUUUCAUUAGUACUUCAGUGGCAGAUCGCAGCGUAGAACGUGAACAAAUGAAAAAAAAAAAUUAGAUUCAUGUGUUUGUACAUGCAGUCCUUUCGCGAGGGUGACUGACAGCGUUCAUCUACAGUUGGCUACGGUUUCGAAGGGAGGGGAGUUAGGGGAGUGGAGGGGGGGGUCGCGUUCAAGAGAGAUUCCGUGUAUGUCAGGAAUUGCGGGUCAGCCAUAACAUUGGUGCUGGCAUGGGUGGUGCGAAACUGGGAGUGAUGUGUGGGGGUGGAGGGUCGGGGGUGGUUGCAGAAGGCUGUGCCAGGUUAGGCGAUAGGGCAGCAGUGGACGAUGAUCUCAAAGUAACUAGCCACUACACUACCGCUGUGCAACGCCCUCAACCCCCUCUCCCCUGCAAUUCCUUCUCCACUUUACAACAAGCCCCAUUCCCUGAAAGACAAUCAGGGGCAAACGCUCUCUUUCGGAGUAGGUUUAGUUGCUGACACAACGCACGCCCAUUUACCCCCCCACCCCUCCCCCGCAACUCCUUCUCUCCUGCAGUUAUGAUCACCUGCGUGCCAAAGCAGCAGCACAAGCUUAAAACAAAAAGAGAGAGAGAAGGUAAAACGCCUAGUCAGAAAGCGGCUCCCUCCGCAUCAGCAGUUAGCACUACUGGAAAUAAACGGUGCAUCAAAGCUUGGACCAUGUGCCUUUGCCAUAGCUGAAUCCCUUGCCCCCCCCCCCAAACCAGUGUCCCCUUUACACUUCCUACUGCUUUUCUCAUACUUAAUGCAAAACGUCAUCGCCGAUCACAAAGCGAGGCACGGUUUGGAGGGGUCGGGAGGGUCAGGUGUUAGUCCAGGGAAGGGAAAAGGCUCGCCACAACGUCGUCUUGCCACCGCCUCGAGGGCCCUGGAUGCGUGUGCUGUGUUAGGGGUGGGGGGGUGGGGGGGGAUUAUUGAGUGAGCUUGGGGGUGGCAGAUGGCGUGGUUGUAGUACCUCGCUUCUUUCUCAGAUUCCUUGGUGUGCUCUUGGAAACUACGCAUCUCGGUGGUGGUCGUCGAUGGCAAUGUUUGAGGUGGCGUGGGGACCGGUCGAGGGUUCAAACUCCUCGUGGCAAACAAAACAAGGAACUUGAGUGUGUGUGAGAGUUUGGGGGGAGGGAAAGGGGAUUGCUAAUCCUCGGUGAGUGUAAACACAAUUACUUGACGGUGAGGAGGAAGAUGGAAAAAAAAAAAAAAACUUGUUGCCAAUGUGAUUUUUGUUGGUGAGAUAAUGUGCACAGCAAUUGUUACUAUGAACUAGUAUUCCUAUUAAUCGCUCGUAUAUAUUUUUUCUUGCGCGCCAUGGCGCAUGAGUGUAUAUUGUGUACGUCCAGGAAAAAGGAGGGUGUGUUUCGUGUGUACGUGUCUCAAAUCUUAUGUGUGUCAUAUGCACGUCGGCACAUCAUUAUUAUGUAAAUGUGAACACAUGUUGUUGGAAAAAGGUUUUUCUUUUUUUUCUUCAAUACAUAUAUAUAUAUAUAUCCUUCCCCCCUUUUGAUGUCUCAGGGUUUCCAAAGAUGUGAUGAUUUCGACAUAACUUGUGUGUGGUGUUCCUUUUGCAAAUGUUCUUUCUUUUUUUUUUUUCUGCCUUCAUCCUCUAUAGCUAAAAGAAAGCUUUGUUUUUAAGUUAUUGUGUUGCUCGCGCUUUUCCCGUUCCCUCCUUACACGCUAUUGUGUUCCGCCAUUGUUGCCGCCCUCGGGACAUCGAAGCGGCAUUUUGUUUUGCUUGUUUGGAGUGACCUUAGCAACAACAACAGACGGUGGUGGCCAGUUUAAGAACAACAACAACAGACGGUGGUGGCCAGUUGAAGAACUGUUUGUGCACACGACACAAGUGUUUUUCCAACAGUCCGCCCAAACCUGCGGCAUUCGCAAAAAGAAAAUGAAAAGGCUGCCGCUCUGCCCCGCGGCGACUCGUCCCCGGAUUGUUACACGCUGCCGGGAAACUUCUCUCCGCAACGGCAGCCACCACCGCCAGACCCAACCGCAGUGGAACAAAGAAAGCGUGGACAGAACAGGAAAAAAAAAGUGCGGUCUCCAGGUGUUGCUGCGAUGUUUGUGUGCCCCGUACGCAUUCACUUGCCCGUGUGUGUGUUGUGUGUGCUGCAUUUUGCUGCCUCUCCAAGUGAAAAAAAAAAAAAGAAACUGACCUACUUCAUUCCGAGACUCUCUUAGCGGGCGGUGCUCGCUCGGUGUUGCGCACGCUCGCGCUGGGUGCAAUUUCGACUGGCGAGGGGCGCGCGCGAGUUUUUAAAAACACAUGCACUUGUGUUUUGAUGAUAUUGUUUGUUCUCUCUGCACACCCGUGAUGCAUGUACGUGUGUUUUUCAUUUAUUUUUGUCUUGUUGGUGAGGAUUUAACGGGAGGGUUUGUCCCCAUGGCAGCUCUCUACUUGCUCCGUCUCCGAAAGAAAGGGAAAAAAGGAGCACCGCGCCGUGCUCUGCCUCAAGGACCUCCCACACCGCAGCACGGGAGGCUCGUUUGCUGUCAAUCGCAUUCGGUGUCUGCGGCACUCGGUGUUGUCGACAUUCGGUGUCAACAGCAUUUCGUGACGCUUAGUGCCAGCACUGCACGCGCGUUGGCUGCCAUUUCCUUUUCCCCUCCUUUCUUUUGGGGCAUUUGAUUUUUAUUUCUUGUUGUCUCUUUGUCUUCAGUGUACGCGUCCAGGAACUUUAGUUUUCUAGCAUCGACAUGAAAAGAGCACUGGUUGCUUAACGGUCCCAAGCACAGAGCUGACAUAUUACUAACGAGUGUUGUGUCGCGCAUGCCGAGGGAUGGGGGGGAGGAGGGGUUCUCCGCUGAAAGAAUCCCGGCCGAUGCAAUGCAACUGGUGAUGAGGGGGGGCCACGAUGCAUCCCCGCUGCAGAAAGUCGCGAGGUGGGAUGUAGGUGACACGUCAUGUCGAGGGUAAAGGAGAGGCAUUUUGUUAUAAACUCUAAAAGUGCCGCAGUCAUACUUCUGACGGCGUGACGUGCCCCCUCAAAAGACAUGCAACUACACUACAGUACCACUUGCAACUACUAACGAACGCAGCAAAGGAAAAAACAGUGGCAUUCUAUCCAAGAGAGUGUGCCAGCAGCCAAUACAUUACCAAACGACAUUGAUUCACUUAGUGAAGGUAUUUUAAUCUCAGGUUGUGUUAAUCUGCCUCUUUCCCCCGUUCUUGCGGUGUGUUGUGUUGAAACGUUCUUCCACACGGUGUUGCGAAGGUGUGCGUCGAACUUCAUUUUGUUCAGCUCGGGAAGGCACUGCCGUGCCCUCCCUCCCCCUUUUUAUGUUUUGCAUCCCCCUUUUUUUCCUUCUAUUUUAAUGAAUUGCAAUUGUGACAUUGUGUUUUUUAGAUUACAUGUGGAAAAAAAAGCAAAUAUCUCACUGUGGUGACAAAGUGUGCAUUUCCAACUUUAUAUGCCAGUUUCUUUUUUUUUCUCGCUCGCGUUUUUUUGCUCUUUUUUGUUGUGUUGACAUGUACGUUUGUUUCUCUAGAUUAAGCAUAACAGUAAUGCAUUGUUCAAUUUUUAUUGAUUGUUGCAAUUUUUUUUUUUCAUCCCCAUGGGACCGUGCUCUUUUAGUGUCCGCCACCACCAAUACUGUAUAAUAUUACCACUAACUACCACUGUUGUAGAGGUGUGUGUAUUUGAAGUAAAAAAAAAAGUGACAAGGAAGCAACAAAAGAAAAAAAAAAUGCGUGCGACACUUGACAAACCAAGGGUACAUAUAGAUAUUUAAGGACACGGCACCGCGGGGAACCCAAUAUGUGAUUCAGACUGCUAGUUCAAAUCCCAAGCCCCUCGCUUUGUCUGGGGGGCUUCAGUGUUCGACGUGGAAGAACUUGCUUAUUCAGGGGCCUUCUCACACCAAACACACACAUAAACACACACACACGAAAGUUGUAGAUGGUUUUAUUAUAUAUACAUAUUAUAUAUGCGCUGAGAAUGAUGCUGGCCGUACUUGGAUGAUGACAAAGAUACUGAGAAAAAAAAAACAACCUUGUGAUGUGUUACGGAUUUAUUGUAUUGUAAUAGCAGUCAACUUUCAGGCAUUAAAGGUUUGUGUAAUAUGUGCCUC